AAAGAGAAAACUUCCAAGAAAUGUUUCUGGAUUCGCACUGUGCUUCUUCCGGUGGGGGUCUUAGUUACUGCAUUGCUUGCAUAUAAAUUGUUUGUCCGCUUCAGUAAAUAACUUCAGCAGAAAAACACUUUGUUCCUAAAUGUUCUUGGAAUUUCGAGACAUUGUUGCAUUAUGCAAUGUAGUCAUUCAUUUAAUAUGAUGUUUUGAGCUUAUUAUGCAACUUAAAAGCUGUUGUAAAAAUUUCUAAAAGCAUUAUGAAUAGUGAAUUAAAUUUUUACGUUAUUAAGUCAUGUCUUCUUCCUCAUAUUGCAUUUGCCAAAAUUAAAAAUGCAUUUGCCAUUUAAAAAUAUUAGUUUUUACCCUAAUUAAGACUUUGCCUUUUUUAGUGGAACUGAUCAGCAAUUGAUAGACUUCUUUAGUGUUCAAUUUCAUAUUUGAAGACAAAAAUCAUUGAAAUGUGAGGAUGGAAUUUAAAAAAUUUAGUAUCAAAUCUAGCACUUUUAGUAAGACUUAGAAGACCUCAUAUCACACAACUUAAGAGCUUAUCAACUAAAUUUUAACAUAAAAAUCAAACAUUUUUUAACUUUUUGAAAUUAGUGGAGAGCUAUAAAAAAUGAAACAAUACAAGAUUAGGCACUAGAUCCAAGUGUUUUUGAAAUACAGUUGAAUACAUUUAUAAUCCCUACCUAUAAAGCAACAUUCUCUAUAAAAUGCACAACUUUUCAGAAAUAAACCAUAAGUUUUUCAGUUUAAAAAAAAAAUUAUUUUGACUUUAAACAAAACAUUUUACUGGCAAAUUAAAGUUUUGAACACUUUUUAAUCUUCCAUCUUAAUUCUACGGCUUUAAAUUGUAAUUAGUAUUUACAGUAAAAAGUGCCACCUUGUUCUUGAAAAUGCAGCAGCUGUUAUGUAAACCAUAAUGCUAGGAAAAAUAGUGUGAUGCUCUUUCUUUUGUUUAAGAAAGAUACUUAUUUAUGAAUGGUAAUAUACAUAUUGGCGCCUCAGAGCAACGGUAAGACAUCUAAUCCCAGGAGUAACUCUAAGAUAUCCUACUGUUGCUCUGAGGCGUUGAUAUAUUGAAUUCCAUAAGCUGUGUUUUAAUAUUCAUUGUACUAAAAACUAAAUGUAAAUAUUUUGAUAUAUUCUGAAUAUUAUUUUCAUAUUUGUAAAAUGAUCAUCACAUGGCCAAAACCUACAUAACGCAAAACCUCUGGUCCCUAGGUGUGUGGUGUAACUGCCUUUUACUGUAAUCCAAAAAUAAUUAGUUUUUGCUUUGACUGCCAGAUUUUAUGUGCAUCAAAGAACUAUUAGUGUGACAACAUUUGUAAAAAAAAAAAAAAAAAAAAGACUGAAAAAAAAGUAAUCAUGCAAUUUUACUAAAACUUUAAAUAAGGUGAUUGAAAAGCUUGAAGAAAAGAAAAUGGGUUCUUCUUGCUGAAACCGUGAAACUUGAUAGUGAAUGCAUCUUCUUCUUAAUUAAGGUCUAAAAGUUUCACAUUAAGUUCAUUGCAAAACUCCCUAAGCUACAAAAAAUAGGGCCAUUCCACCGAAAACGGUAAUUUGUCCCGCACGUGACGCUUCAUAUAUUUCAUAAAAAAUAAUAAUUUAAAAGGAUGAUGAACAAAAUUUUGUUGCAUAUGAAAUCACAAACCCAUGUGUGACUUAUUAAGCAAAAACUUUCUUCAAAAAUUAUUUC